UUCAUUUCUUUGAGAGCAUUCACUUUCUGCACCAGCUAGUAUAUGUAGGUAAAGGGAGACAAUAGUGAUGCAUAAUUGAAAUGAUAGUAUAUGUGUCUGUGUGUAUGUGAGAGAGAGAGAGAAAACCAGAUAAAAUACGUCAUUGAAAGUGCAAGAGUGCAUAUAUAUAGUAAGAUCUGAAGGGUUGGGAAAAUUUGUGAUAAAAGAUUAUCAUGGGGAAAGGAAGAGCACCAUGUUGUGAUAAGACUAAAGUGAAGAGAGGUCCUUGGAACCCUGCAGAAGACCUUAAACUCAUAGCCUUCAUCCAGAAAUAUGGCCAUGAAAACUGGCGCGCUCUCCCAAAACAAGCUGGGCUUCUGAGAUGUGGAAAAAGUUGUCGUUUGAGAUGGAUUAAUUAUCUAAGACCUGAUGUGAAGAGAGGAAAUUUUACAGCAGAGGAAGAGGAAACAAUCAUAAGACUUCACAGGGCAAUGGGAAACAAGUGGUCAAAGAUUGCAUCACGUUUGCCUGGUAGGACAGACAAUGAGAUCAAGAAUGUGUGGAACACCCACUUAAAGAAAAGGUUGGGUCCUAAAAAAACUUCAGAAUCAAGUACAGAUGAAUCCAAGCCAGAAUCAACAAUAACUUCCACCUCUUCCUCUUCCUCUCAGUCGUUUUUCUCAAUUGAGAGGCCAAAUUCACCCAAGAGCACAACACCUUAUAAUAAUGAAUUUUGUGACCAAUUAUCAAUGGAAGAUAAAAUCGAGAAGGAUUCAGAAAAAGCAGUGUCAAGUGAACUAAUUGGCAUGACUGAGGAUCCAAAAGAGUCAUCUGCUUCAUUUUCUUGUGAGUCAAGCCAGAAUGUUGCACACAAACCAGAACAACAAUUGGGUUCUCCAUCAUCCUACCUAGGAUCUUAUGAUGUCGGCCAUAUUUUAGAAAUUCCAUGGGAACCAGAUUAUGAGUUUUGGAAGUUGUUAGAUGAUGAUGAUAGCCCUGGAUCUUUUCAAUCAAAGGAAGUCCAAUUAGGUGAGUUCUCAGCCAACGAAAACAUCAUUCUUGGAGAAGAGGGUGAAGCAAGGAAAUGGAGCAAUGAUUUUGAGAAUGAGUUUGGAGUAGUAGGUGAGAUAAAGGAGUCAAACAAGGAUCAUAAUUUCCUACCAGUUGAGCCAGAAAUGGACCACACUAAGGCAUUUGAUUUCGAUGAUAUGACACAAGCAGAAUCUGAAUUGGACUUUUGUUCUAUCCCAUUAUGGCUCUCUUCGCCUCAAAAUACUACUCUCUACUUUAAUACAGACCAGUAGUUGGAAUCACCAAACAGUGAUUUACUUAUUAGGUAUACUGACUAUGAUAAAUUAAUCAAGCAGAAUAGGUCUCUUUCAUGUAUGAUCCAAAAUCAAGUUAGAACACGUUGUAGAUUGAAGCACAAAUAUGCUGUAUAUUGAAUAAAUUGUUGGUAAACAACAACUAUCAUAUACACCAUGAAAGUGGGUAGGUCAUAUUCUCCACUUACUGCCACUACUACUGUGACAUUUUUCUUCAUGUCCCCACACCUUUGAAGAAUUCAAAUAAAACAAGCUUGCAAGUAUAAACGACUACA